UGUCCGCUUUCUCCAUAAAUAAAACAACUUGAACAUGGCCAGUUGCAGCAGAAGAAGUCGAUACUUUUGGUAUGUUUGAGGUGUAUGUUGUCGCCUGUGAACAUUAUUAUCAUCUCCUGGCUUGUAAUAUUAACCUUAUUGGUCUUUCCUUUCUCAUGGAUGUUGGGGAUGCCCAUGGCUGCAUUGAGGUGAUGUCCCAAGAAGCCUUUACAGAAAGUCGAUGGAAGAGGUAUGGCCCCAAGCAAUGGUCCAUCAUUGCCAAGCAUCUGCACGGGCGUAUCGGCAAGCAGUGCCGGGAGCGCUGGCACAACCACCUUAACCCUAAGGUGAAGAAGUCGUGCUGGACUCAGGAGGGGGACCAGAUCAUAUACGCUGCUCACAAACGUAUCGGGAACCGCUGGACUGAGGAAUCUAAGCUGCUGCCUGGCAGGAGAGACAACUCUAUAAGAAUCACUGGAACUCCACCAUGCGUAGGAAGGUGGAGCAUGAGGUCUACCUGCAGGAUGUCACGACACAGAUCUACAAGACCAAGGCUCCCAUCAAGAGAAGGACCAAGUCCCCCUGCUCCUCUAGGGACUCCUGCGGAGCCAGAAUCAUUAUGCCAUGAUUAUCCCCACAAAGCACUCAGUGUCACUACUCGACUGCCUGACCAACACGACCCUGAGCAGCUUGGGGGACUAAAGUACGGAGGGCCAUGGCUCAGCUCUCUACACCCCUGUGUCCCCCAGCAGGUUCCUGACCAUGGAGGCCAGCGCUGUCCUCUACUCCCUACAAACCAUCCUCGAGUUCACAGAGACCCUGAAGCUCAUAGACUCAGACCCAGUGGCUUGGAGUGAGGUGCCCAGUUUCAGCCUGAAGGAAAUUACUUCGCCCCUGUAACAGGAAGUGAUGUCGUCUGUUUCCCAGGUGGGGAUGCCAGGAGGCUCUAGCUACCAUUUUGAUGACUCAUACAUAAUUGACCUGAGUAAGAACUACACUGAGCUGAUGCCUGCCUCUUCACCCACCUUGACCAAGCUGAGCACACCUCCCUCCAUCCUGAAGAGGUGGAGGGAGAGGGGGGAGCAGUCUCCUGCCAGUGAGUGUCACAGCACCUCCUUUUUGGACAACAGCACCUCCUCACCUAGGAUCUCUCCUGUCAAAGCACUGCCAUUCUC